AGUAACUUACUUUCGAAUUAAAAAGUUGUUAAAAUUUGCUACAAUAAAAGUUUUUUUUUUGUUUUGAAAAUGAAAACUUUUACUGCUACAGUUUUUGAAAAUCUCAUUGCUCACUGAUUUAAAAGUUUUUCCUUUUAAUUCGACUGUAAAAUUUCUUUCAUUUUGACGUUCUCGUGUAACCGUGUACGCCUAAGUCGCAAAUGUAAACAAACACUUUGGUGGGUUCGGUGGUGCUGGUGAGUCUAGGACGCAAGCAAAGCCGACCGCGGCAGCAGCCAGGACUCGGACGCGGAAACCUUCGUGAGCCAAACAGCAGCAGCGGAACGCCUUCGAAGGAGGGUGGUGCAGAAGUGGGACGAUGUUGAGUGCUCGAAAAGGACAAGGCCAGCUUCCUGCAGGAACUGCAGCUGUUCCACGGCCGAAAUGCGAUGGGAGGUAGGAAUGUGGAUUCGCACCGGUUGUAUUCGGUGGUGGUGGACUGGGGCGAGAUCAUCGAGGAGAUGGCGCUGCCGAAGCGUUGCGUGAACAAUGAGAUUGCGUUGAAGAAGAUAAACUUCCGGUUUUUGGACAAGUACGAGAAAGUUUAUUUUCACGGUGAGGAGAAGGAUCCGACGAAGAGGAGGCCGACGAAAAGCUACAUAAUCGGAGGUGGUCAGCGCAGAUGUUGCACUCGGUGCCGGUGGUUUACAACACCGCCGAAUGAACCUGGACAUUAAGCCAAAAAAAAAAUCGGUGUCAUUCCCGAAGUAGGAUUACGUGCUCAAAAUCGAAUUCCGUUCCGAGGGCCUCAUCAACUCCAUGUUCCGGAUGCGCUUCCAGGAUCGGGAACUCCCCGUUCAGGCACUUUAUUUUCCAGCUGGAAAACGUCGACCACCCUUCCCGAAUCAAUGGCCAACUCCUCCAAGACUAUCCUGAUUGAGGCCGGAAACGUGACCAUCGUGUUACACUGCUGUCGCGCGUCGAAACCUCCAUCCGGAACCGUCCUGGGGUAUUCGGAAGUGACCGGUGGCGUACCGUAUGAAUCGGUACAGCUUUGACUCGAAUAUUGGCCUACCUUGAGCUGAAGCUAGUGGAGAAGCGUUAAAUACAAUAAAACAUGUUUUUUUUUUUAACA